CACCCUCCCUCCCUCCCUUCCUCUCUGUCUUUUUCACUCCUGUCACAGUCUUGUUGUCUCUGUACUUGUUAGUCUCUGUAAGUGCUGUGAAGUUUCUGACAGACUUUGUGUGAAUCAGGGUCUCAGGAAGACGGAAUACUGGGAACGCCAGGAUGUCUGUCUCAAGAGGAGUUAUCAGAACAGGCUUCACAGGCCCAGGAUCUUGAGAGACUGGCUCAGCUCUGCAUCAUGAGCAAAAGACCCCAUCUUGCUUUAGAAUACAGUGGCAAGGCCACUAAAAUCCACCAGAGGGCUUUUGGUAAUGAUCACCCUAUCACAGCCCGGAGCCUGGAGCUGCUGGCCACUGUCUAUGCUGAGAUCGGCAAGACAGAAUAUACAAAAUCAUUGGGAGAGUGUGUGUCGACUCUUUCCAAAAGGUUCUCGGCCACUGAGUCAUUCAGCGAUGCUCUGAGUAGCAUCUCUCAUAGCCAUAAGGACAGACACGCUGAGCUGCGAUGCAGAAAAGAGCCAUACAUAGAACAGGAAACUCCUAAAACGAAGGUCAUAAAUGAAAAACUGCCCACCUCUAUUCUGAAAAGGUCCCAUGUGGAGACAGACUCAUCGCGCAAGCGAAAAAAAAGCGAGAGGCGGGUUCGCUUCAGAGAGCCGGAGAUCACUGUUCAUGACAUUCCGUACUAUGAAUGUUUAGGAGUCUACGACACCCCCCAGAGUCAUUUGCACCUGGCCCUGCUCACCUGCCUGUUCCUGCUUCUGUCUGCUCUGGGUCUAGCACUGUACUGCACAGACCGCCGAAGACCCCAGCGCGCCUGCGAAGACCUGCAUACGGCACUGGCUGUGUACCUGCUUCAGUUCAAACAGAUCGUUUGGGCCUGCUGGAUCUGGCUGACCAUGCAAUGACUAUGUCAUAAUUGACCACAGGGGGCAGAAAAAAAAAACAUAAAAGGUCAGGAUGUUUUUUGAAGGACUGUGUAAGAAAGAAAAAAAAAGAUAAAGGUCUUCUUGUUUUUUUAUUGCUUUAAUUUUCACUGUUUUAAUCAGACUGGCCACCAGUCGAAGUCUCUGAGGAUGUUCAACAUCCAACUCUUUUAUUUUGUGGUUGAUUGAAGGCCUUGUGCUUUUCCACACCAUUAAGGGAUGGUGUGCUUUUUUGCCCUUUAUGGUGGCAUACAGUAGCUAAUGACACAUCCUCAUUAUACGGAGCCAUAUAUAUUUAGAUCUCUGUAUGUAGCUCUUUUUCCUCUUGUAGUGAUCCUGGGUGAUAUUUUUUUGAAGGAAUAGUUGAACAUUACAUGAACAUUUAAAAAAAAAUUGACUCAUCCUCAGGACAUCCAAGAUGUUCUUUAUCAGAACAGAUUUGGCUCAGCAGUGGAUCCUCUGUAGUAAAUGGGUGCCGUCAGAAUGAUAGUCCAAACAGUUGAUAAAAACAUCAUAAUGACUCAAACAUAAUUCACAUGACUCCAGUCCAUCCGUUAAUGUUCUGUGAAGCAAAAAAAAGCUGUGUAUCUGUGAGAAACUUUUUUUGUCUUUUUGCUUGUGAAUUAAUGUGGCAUUUUUAUCAUCUGUUUGGACUCUC